AUGCCGACCGCCACCUCUCGCCGCUCUUCAGAAAUGGCCAGCUCGAACGACAAGGACUUCACCGUGAUGUACUCGAGCGUGUCGCGGGACGACAACGACGCCUACGACGAGAAAAUCGACAUUCAUCCGAUUUCGAGGUCGUUUACGAGUAACACUGUUGCUAUGGUGCAGCAUGUGCGGCGGGUUGGAGCGCUGACAAUUCCGCUGUUCAUGGUGGCGAGCUUUUUGGCUGCAGCGGUGGUCAUGGUGUGCCAUCAUAUCUUCUCGUCUGUUGUAGACGGGAAGGGUGUGGACGAGUUCGCGAUACGACAGUCGUGGGUUCGCGAUCUUGGGAAUGCUCUGGCGCAGAUUGCGCAGAUCCUGCUUCAGGCGUCGGUCGGUGUAGCAUUGACCCAAACGAUAUGGUUCUACGUCAGACGAUCGUCUAUGACCCUACCCGAACUCGACAACCUCUUCGACCUACCCUCUAUGAUGAGCAUACCAACGCUGGCGCUCACCCGGUUCAGCUCAUCAUACGUCCUACUUCUUGCCUUCGAGAUUCAAGCCUUCGCCUUGAUCGGCAUCUUCGCGCCCAACGCUCUUUCAGUCGUCCCUGCCGGUCAGAGGACGUCUACUCUGCUGGUUCCCUCCGCGGCAUUGGACCAGAUACCCAUUGUCGACAGUGCCCAAGCACCCUUGGAGAGAGUGCACGGAGAGAUACCCUGCGGGAACUGUACCCACGCGCAGUACCAGUCACCCUCUCGCAUCUUCAGGACGUUGGCUCAGAGCGUGCUCAACCAAGGAGACAUACUUCCCUGGAGCGCGCCUGCUGGAUGCGGGCAAGCAUGCAACUACACACUUGUGUACAGUGGGCCAGCUUUGCAAUGCACCGACGUCUCGCAAUCCUCCUUUGUGUAUCGCGCGGAGCCCUAUCCACCUACAUGGACCAUGACGCCCAACGCGACGAAUCUCGCGUUGACCGCAUCUCUCAACUACACUCCCGGUGCAUUCCAAGUUUAUAACGCGACGACCACCUUGGGCUUCAUCGAGAACGAGGCCUACACCGGCGUCCCAGGCGCGCUCUUCGAGACAAACCUCACGAGCGACGUAUACGCCUUCUCCGUCAUGUACUCGGCCAAUAACUUCACCGCCGACCACAUCCCCGUAUCGCUCAAGAUGGACGACGGGAGUGCUUUGGGCGGUACAUCUUGCGUGUUCUUGAAUGCAACGUACAGCACCGACGUGAACUUUUCCAACGGAUCUCACGCAGCCAUUGCGCGCGUCGUUGAAUAUGGCCAGCCGUACGGCUCAUACGGCUCGAACUUUGGUCUGGAUGAGCGGGAGGACUACGCGACAGUGGGCUUGAUCGACGCGAUGACGCGCUAUCUCGCCGGAAGCGUGACGAUGAUCGAUUUCGCCGAUGGCUUGGUAUCCUACUACACGCAAGCCUUCGAAGGAACGGGGCUGUUCUCUAUCACAGAGGAUAACGGAACGUCCAUUGCUCUGAGGCAGGGUACAAGCCUCGGCCAGACACUACAGGACCUUUGCACAAACCUGACCGCUUCCCUCAUGUCCGAUUCGGCCAAUCUCGGCAUACGCACGUCGGUAUCUGCGACCGUGUUGCCGAAUAGGAACGUGUACAGCUAUCAGCCGAGGCGGCUGUGGCUUGUGUAUGGGAUUGCGCUGGCCGCGGCGUUGUUGGCCGAUUGUUUCGGGCUUGCGUGUAUGCGCUCCAGCGGUAUCGCGCUGUGGCGCUCGUUUUCGACUAUUGCGGCGUCUAUGCGCGCGCAUGAGCUUAAUGAGCUUCUUAGUGGUCCUGAGGAGCGUCCGCGCGAGGCGGCGGGUGUUACGCAACUGCGGUACCGCACUGGUAUGAACGGGGAGGGCAAAGAGUCGGGGUUCGUUAUCGUUGGUUGA